CUCAUCUGUUGACAUCCAGACGUCGAUGUAUCUGGCAUUCACUUCGUUCGUCAGACCAUUCUCACUCAGUCACUCAACUGGCUAGCCUCACAACAGGCUCGCUUACUCAUGCAUCGCCCCGCCCGUCCCCAGCUUACUCACACGCCCAUCCAUCCAUCCAUCCAUCCAUCCAUCCAUCCGCACCCACAUAGCAUAUAGCCCGCCAGAGACAUCGACAACCGACAGAAGAGCUAGCUUAGCUGUAUGUACACAACACACUGAUCUAUCUAAAACCAAGGGGCAUCUAUCUCAUCCUUUGCUGUACAAGCCAAGCCACGCACCAAGAAAAGCCUACAACGCGUCAGCCAGUGCAGUGAGUGCACCAGCCCAUCUAAUGUAUCUACGACAGCCCAGCCAGCCCUCUCUCCCCUGCCUGUUCAUUCAUUCAGCUGGCUGGCUUGAGUCUCUUUACGUUGACACACACCUCAUUGGACCUCAGCCACGGCAGCUUUUGUGGCCCAUUGUACAUGUGCAGCCGGAAGGCGUCGUCGUCAGCCACAGCAAACACCCCAUCCCUGGCUAUCUCCACCUUCAGCUCCUCCAAUCGCCGCUGGAUCUCAUUCUCCGUCGCAAAUCCAGCGAAGCGCAGGACAGCCACGGUCUCUGGCAGCCUCUCUUGCACCGACACCGCAAUGUCAUAUGGCUCCGGCGCACGGCCGACCUGCUGAUACUCGGAUGGCAGCACGAACGUCAUGUAGAGGGCACCUUUCCGCGUCCUCUCUAUCAUGAUUGGUGUCGUCAGGUCCAUCACCACGCCGCCAUCAGUGUCGGUCGUCGCUGUUGGUGGCUUGGGUGGUCUCUUGGCAGGGAUUUGGGUGUCAUUCAUCAUGCCCAUGGCGCCAGAGUAAGACGUUCCGUUGGAUGCUGCGGUGGUGGACGCGCCGAGGGGGACGUUGUUGCCCAGAUAGUAGGCCAGCAGCUUUCCCAGGGCCGUGCCGGUCGCGAGGAGGUCUGUCGUGAUCUUGCCUGGCGAGACCCGCCCCAUCUUGACGCUUGCGAUCGAGUAUCCGCUGUAACGCCUCACCUCGUACUCAUCAACCUGCAGACAGACAGACAGACAGACAGACACACCACACCACACCACACGCACACGCACACGCACACAUGAAUGAGCGAAUGCAUCGCGGCGGAUACGCAUUGCAUUCAUUCAGAUAGUCGGUCCUUGUUUGUUCUUUCAUACCUUCCGUUCCAGUGAGUAUCUGGGCGUUUCUAUCCCCUGAGGCGUCCGCCUGAGUGCGUUCUUGCCCUCCCGCAGCAGAGGGGCAAGGGGAAGGCCACGUCGAACAGCACGCAGCGACCGCCGCAUCAACGGUGGCAACGACCGUGCCACUGACUGAGACGCGGUAGGGAGUCUCGCCACCACCUUGGUGGUCAACUGGGGCAUGUCGGAGGCCAACGUGGGCAGCAGGUCACGCAGCACCUGUCGCCGUAACGCCCCCAGAUCCCGCCGCCGCGGCACGGCGCCCAACAGAAGCGACACAAUCUCACUGCGGAUUUCAGGUGCUUGCUUCAACAGAUCCUGUAAGGACGGACACGCGGUGUAGGGCGUGCCGUGCGUCAGUGGAUGUGUGGUUUGCCUUGCGUACAUACCUGUGCUAGCACCGAUCGCUGGCUCAUGGUGGUUGCUGGCCGCAGGAGGUGGUCUAUCUUUUCCUCCCACGACAUCACUGACAUGACGACAAGGCAACACACAUGGGUGCGGGCGGAGUGCAAACCACUGCCAGCGGGAGGUGCGCGUGUCACCCACCUGUGGCGUCGGGUGAAGCCAGGGGCGCUGCAGAUUGCUGGUCCGGUGCAGAACGCAGACGAGUGAGCUGCGACAUCCUGUCCGGCACAUGCAGCAGGAAGGCUGACCCUCCGAAGCCUGCAACACGCAAGUGCAUGGAAGAUGCACGGUUCCCCUUCCCCCUGCCGUCUGUCUGUAAUCCUCACCAGGCCGAUGUGCAGUCCUCGCUGCAUGGGUGAGAGAGCGGGUGGAAAAGAAGCAAAGGACCAGACAGACAGAGAUGGAGAUUCGCAUAUGGGCUGCCAUAUCGACACUGAUGCCGCUGACACGCGGGAGAU